UUUCAAAUAUUUUUAUCACAAUUCACUGUCCAAUAACCGUAAUCCGUAAUUUCAGUAUACUGUACAAUAAUUGAUAAAAUAAAUCUAAUAUCAUACACUUUAUCUGCAAAUCAAAAAAUCAUCAUGUUUAACAAAGUUACUCACGUUCUUUUCGACUUGGAUGGUCUGCUGAUUGAUUCCGAAAACUACUAUACGGAGGCAUUUUCAAACGUUUGCGCAAAGUACGGAAAAGAAUUUACUUGGGAAGUCAAAGCUACCUUACUAGGCUUUCAGAAUCGAGAGUGUGCUGAAAAAAUUGUUCAAACUUUAGAUUUGCCUAUCACAACUGAUGAAUUUCUCACUCAGUGUCAGGAGCAGUACGAAAUACUGUUUCCAAAGGUAGAGCUGAUGCCAGGCGCUAAAACCCUCGUGGAACAUUUACACAAUUGUGGGAUUCCUAUUGCGUUGGCCACAAGCUCCAGUGAGGACAGUGUACAAUUGAAGAUGGCAAAGCACCAGAAGUUCCUGUCCUACUUCCACCAUCUGGUCAUGGGUUCAUCAGACCCGGAAGUGACUAAAGGGAAACCAGAUCCUGCUAUAUUCCUCGUCUGCGCCUCCAGGUUUCCCGAUAAACCAGAACCUGAAAAGUGCUUGGUGUUUGAAGAUGCUCUAAAUGGGGUAAAAGCUGCGCGUGCCGCAAAUAUGCAAGUGGUAAUAGUCCCAGAUCCCCGUGUCGAUAAGAAUCUACUUCAAAAUGCUACCCUGAUUCUUGAGUCUCUUGAAGAUUUUAAACCAGAAUUGUUUGGGCUCCCACCCUACAAUCAAUGUGCAUGUAAAUGAAUUAUUUGAUUAUGGAAUUGAAAAGCACUUAGAAUUAAGGCGAGUUCGCACUAAGCGACAAUACAAGAAACGCCACACGACACUUUAGGCUUCUUACAGACGAACGGCACAUAUCGACGGCACGCGUCGACGGCAGUAGACAGCACUCGAUGCUAUGCGUCGACGGCAGCCAAGUCGACACUUGUCCUGCUGACAAGUGCCAUUCGUCUGUAAGAGCGCUUACGUUCUAUAAAACUGACGUUUUGUGUCCCUGCCGCGUAGUGCGGCUCACCUCAUGCGAUUUCAUACAAAGAAUAUUUGGCCGUGACGUGACGUGCCGCGUAUUGCGAUCUGACCUUUAUGCUGUUACAGUUGAUGGCAACCAAAUUGUUUUUUUUUGUUGUAAGUCUAAAUUUGCAAGAAAGUUUAUACUUAGUUGUUAGUGGAAAUUCACUAAACGCUUUUGUUAAUGAAAAGUUAGGCACAUGAAAAAUAUUAUGGACAUUAACGCUUGUAUUUAGUAGUCAAACUCAUAAGUAUGGCUAUGUUAAAUGUAGUAUCUCAAUGUUAAAAUUUUUAUGAGACAUUAGGGAUCUGUAUUUAAUCAAUGCUCUGGAUGUGUAGAUAUACUUAAGUAGUUUAUUUAUUUUUUUCUAUUUAUUACGGUUACCAUAAAAUUGAUGAUAUUAUAUUGUUAAAUAAUUGAAUAUUAUUAAAAAACUCUAACUAAACACGCUUAAUAAAUG